GUUCUCUAGUGUGUAUGUUCUUCAUGGUUGAUUUGAGUGGCAAUGAAUGUGGGAAACAGUAGAUAAAAGGGAUAGCUUUUCUUCUUCUAAUUUAGAUCCACUCUCUUCUUUGUGAAUAAUGAUGACUGCUUGCGUGGAGAAUCUCAUUGUUUCGAAACCAUACUUAUUAGACCCUUCCUUGUACCUCAAGGCUCUCAAAUUAUGCAGCCACCAAAGCCUCAAGAAACAGUUUGUGUUGAUCCACGGGAACUCCGUGACAAACGGGUUCAUCUCGAAUCUUCAGUUGAACAACAGUCUGGUCAACUUGUACGCAAGACACGGAGAUCUGAGACACGCGCGUAAACUGUUCGAUAGAAUGCCCGAAAGAGAUGUUGGCUCUUGGACAGCUUUGAUCUCGGGAUAUUCUCGAUGUGGGUAUCACCGGAGCGCGUUGCUGUUGUUCAAAGAGAUGCGCGUGGAGCCUGUUAGGGCUAAUGACUUCACCUACGGGAGUGUUUUGAAGUCGUGCAAAGAUUCGGGGUGUCUGAAAGAAGGGAUGCAGAUACAUUGUUGUGUGGAGAAAGGGAGAUUUGCAGGGAACUUGGUUGUGAGGAGUGCGUUGCUUUGUCUUUAUGCUAAGUGUGGUAAGAUGGAGGAUGCUCGUCUUCUGUUUGAGUCGAUGGAAGUAAGAGACUUGGUUUCUUGGAACAUAAUGAUCGAUGGGUACACUGCAGAUACUUCGUUUGGUCUGUUUCAGUUGAUGCUCGCAGAAGGGAAGAAGCCAGAUUGCUAUACUUUUGGGAGCCUCUUGAGAGCUUCUACUGAAGUUAACUGUCUCGAAAUGGUCAGUGUAUUACACGGUUUUGCGGUCAAGCUUGGCUUCGGGAGAUCAAAUGUUGCUCUUGUUAGGUCUCUGGUCGUUGCGUAUGCCAAGUGUGGUAGCCUAGCCAAUGCUUUGAAACUGUACGAGGGCACGAUGAAAGGAGACUUGAUAUCUUGCACUGCUAUAAUUACAGGUCUUGCACAGCAGAACAACUUCACAAGUGGUGCUUUUGAUAUCUUCAGAGAGAUGAUACUGAUGAAAACUAAGAUGGACGAAGUUGUAGCAUCCUCAAUGCUUAAAAUAUGCACCACCAUUGCUUCAAUAUCCAUUGGAAGGCAGAUCCAUUGUUUCGCCUUAAAAUCCUCCCAAAUCAGAUUCGACGUUGCUUUGCGCAACUCUCUGAUAGAUAUGUAUGCAAAGUCUGGGGACAUUGAGGAUGCAGUCCUUGCUUUCGAAGAGAUGGAAGAGAAAGAUGUGAGAUCAUGGACCUCUUUGAUUUCAGGUUAUGGAAGACAUGGGGAUAUAGAGAAAGCAAUUGAUCUUUACAACAGAAUGGAGCAUGAAGGGAUCAAACCGAAUGACGUCACGUUUCUUGCUCUCCUCUCUGCUUGUAGCCACACAGGAGAAACCGAGAUUGGGUGGAAGGUUUUCAACACAAUGAUCAACAAGUACGGUAUCAAAGUUCGAGAAGAGCACUUAUCUUGCAUGGUGGAUAUGCUUGCACGCGGUGGAAACUUGGAAGAUGCUUAUGAACUGAUAAGAAAUAAAAAGGGCAUUACAAGUCUUAGCUCAUCAACAUGGGGAGCUUUUCUUGAUGCGUGCAGGCGACAUGAGAAUGUGCAACUCAGUCAAGUAGCAGCAGCGCAGCUUCUGAGUAUGGAACCGAGGAAACCAGUCAAUUAUAUUAAUCUGGCAAGUGUAUAUGCAGCUACUGAAGAUUGGGACAAUGCUUUGAAGACUAGAAAACUUAUGAAAGAGACUAGCUCUUGCAAGAAGGCUCCUGGAUAUAGCAUUGUGUAUUGAGGAAGGCUAUAUGACAAGAAUCUUAGUAAAGGUUUCAAAGACACUAGGUAGUACAAAUGUUUUAACACUGAAGUGAAGUUAAUGAAGCUAUAAAUAAGAAUGUUAAGGUU